AUGGCCGCCACGCAGACAGCAACUGCGCUCGACGCGCACAGGUCCUACCUCCAAGAAGUGCGGGAACGCCAGCGCGCCCGACGCGUGCAGGUGGCACUUGCGACGGCGUCUCUCUCCCCGCCGAGUCGAACGCACUCGCGCGCGCCGUCGGCCACCACCCCUUCCGAUGCUGGUCCAUCCACACCCGCCCGCUCACUAGCCAAUGUGGCAAACUACGUGCCCCGCGAAGAGGCCAUACGUAAUGACUAUGCGGCGUGGUACGCGUGUUCGGGUCAGUGGCCCAGCAAUUACGUUCUUGGCGCUGGCGACGGGGAGAUCUGUGACGAAUUUCCCGCACUCCGUCGUUUGAUGGACCUCAAGGCUGCGCAUGUCGCUGCUUCCGCGCACCCCCCUCUCAUUGCCCCAGUUACUGGUCCCACCGCAUCCGCCCUCCUUCCCACCCUCUCUCCGCAUAGGUUCGACGUUAUUCUGCUGCAUGACCCCCGGUUGUGGGGCGGCACAUGGGGGGAUAUCGCCGCCCUACCUAUUCGUCAUCUGAGCGCUGACCCGGCGUUUGUGUUCCUUUGGGUUGGGGCUGGGGAUGCAGACGGUCUCGAGCGCGGCCGUGAAUGUCUUGCCAAGUGGGGGUUCCGGAGGGCGGAGGAUAUCGUUUGGGUCAAGACCAACAAGGCCAAGGGGGAGAGUAAUCCCGGAGGCGCGAGUACUGGCCUAUUCGCGAGCCAGAAGGAACACUGCCUCAUGGGUAUCCGCGGGACGGUACGGCGGUCUACGGAUGUGCACUUUGUCCACUGCAACGUCGACACGGAUGUGAUCGUCUGGGAGGGCGCGUCAGACGGCCCACGUACACCGCCAUACCUCUACACACUAAUCGAGAACUUCUGUCUCGGCGCUCGCCGCCUCGAGCUGUUCGGCGACGGUGCGCGCGCCCGCCCAGGCUGGGUCACUGUUCCGCUCGUGCCCGACUCGUCGUCCGUCGGCCUGGUCACCCAUACUGCGCUAGAGAUACCUUCGGACGCGGAGCGCUUCGAUCCAAACAUCUACCCGAUCCACCUCCCCCGCAAGAAGGAGGAGGGCAAGCCCGUAAUCCCGUUCCACGCCGAGAUCGAGAUGCUGCGUCCCAAGAGUCCCCAACGGCGCGGUCGCAAGACACCUGGGCCUGGUCCGGGACCCGGGACCCCCAACCCCGGGCCAGGAAACCACACGCCGCGUUUCGGUCCCGGGGUCAUGCGUAUGGGUGCGCUCACGCCGGCACAGAACAUGGCGCCAAUGAUGCCGUUCCAGCCCAUGGGUAUGGGGAUGCAUCCCAUGCAGAUGCCCAUGAUGCAGAUGCAGCAGGGCAUGCCUAUGCUCGAGCAGAUGGCUAUGCUGCAGAUGCAGAUGGGGCAGAUGGGGCAGGGAAUGGGUAUGAUGCAAGGUAUGGGGCCUGGCAUGGUCGACCCCAUGCAGCAGCAGAUGAUGAUGAUGGGCGGGGGAAUGGGGAUGGGCGGUAUGGGUGGCAUGGGAGGGAUGGCGAUGGGCAUGCAGGGCAUGCCCAUGGGAGGUAUGGGGAGUAUGGGUAUGUCGGGUCCAAUGGGACCAGGAGGGCCAGGCAUUAUGGGAGCCGGUAUGGGCGGGAUGAGUCCGAUGGGAGGCAGGAGCCCGCAGCCAGCCGCGUCACCUCACGUCGGGGCAUCGCCGCACGUCCCGUCGCCCCACUUCGUACCGUCACCUCACGUCGGACAGGAGGCACUGCCCGCUUCGCCGGACCCCAACGCGAUCGUCCACUCGCCGAGUCCCGUCCCUGUCUCAGUAGACGAGUGGGGCAACCCCAUCGAUUACGGACAGCAGCAGUACGGGUACGUCUUCCAAGGGCACCAAGGGCACGGUGGGUACGGGUACGGUUACUACGGAUAUGGGCAGUAG